CCAGGUUACAGUUGGUCGCCGUAGCAACCGCCAGGGGAGCUGUGCGCGCGCCAUGAGCACCAUCCGGGUCUAUUACACCAGCGUCAGCGGCUCCCGGGAGGUGAAGCAGCGCCAGGCCGAGGUGCUGCGCAUCCUGGACGGCAACAGGCUGAAGUACGAGCUCAUCGACGUGUCGGUCAGCGAGCGCCUGCUCCAGGAGAUGCGUGACAAGGCGGGAGACCCUGGCGCCGUCCCACCGCAGAUCUGCAACGGCGAGGACUACUGCGGAGACUUUGAGAUGUUAUAUGAAGCAACUGAAAAUGAAGAAGUUUCUAAGUUCUUAAAGAUGACAUCAAUAGACAAGACUAUUAGAGAGGAAAUUGCUAUCUGACAGCUGGUUCUGGAACCAGGUUGCUUCAAAUGCCAAAUUUACUAAAUAUAUUUAUUCCUUUCUGGUUUCAUUAAUUAUUCAGGGUAAAUCUAAUGAUUUUUUUAUUUUUAAUAUUACAGUAUAGCUGGUGCAAGUCCUUUAUGAUAGAGUGGACACAAGAAAGCUAGAGGCCUUUAGCACAUUGUACAUCUUUCAUUCCGAAAGUCAGUUUACAAUGUUUUCCGUAUUUUUUAAAAAACCUCUCAAAUAAAAUAAUUCCUACUUGU